AAGUCCUCUAUUUAAAGCUUGAAAUUUCUCUUCACAUUUUAUCUCAGUGAACAUCGUGUGCUCAUCUCGCUACCCAAAUAAAUUUUGAAGAAUCAAUUGUUGCAUUUGUGCAUCGCAGAAAUUAUUAAAUUCGAGUCAACGUUGAUAAAUCGUAUGUCCAACAUCCAGAAUUUACAAACUUUUGAUCCAUUUGCAGACGCAAGUAAGGGAUCCGAGGAUGAUGUGCAAGACGGGUUGGUGCACAUAAGAAUCCAACAACGUAACGGCAGGAAAACACUCACAACAGUUCAGGGAUUAUCCAAGGAUUAUGAUCUAAAGAAAAUUGUUCGUGCAUGCAAGAAGGAGUUUGCUUGUAACGGAACUGUAAUUGAACACGCCGAAUACGGUGAAGUGUUGCAAUUACAGGGAGAUCAACGCGAAAAUAUUUGUCAGUGGCUCACGAAAGCUGGUCUGGCAAAAUCAGAUCAACUCAAAGUUCAUGGUUUCUAAAUGAUGCACUCGUAUUCAAACCCAAUAAUAACAACAAAAAUAACAUAAUAAUAUCAAAACAACAAAAAAUAAUAUCCAGAACGUGCAUAAAGUAUCAACAACAAAGAAACAAAACUUAUCACAGCUUCAAUUAUUAACAUGACGAAAUUAUUUGAUUUAUUUUGCGGAUGAGCAAAGACAACAGAGAUUGUGUGACAAACGCUUAUAAAAAAGGAAAAGGACAAAGCGGAGAUAUUUAAUUUACCAAGUAGAGAGAUUAAUAUUUAGUGACAUAGUCGAUUGAUUGUUAAACGUUCAUAGAAAAAAAAGGCAGCAAUCAAAAUUAAUUUGUCAGUCGUGUUAUUUCAAA